CAAUACGUGUAUGUGUGUAAUUCGCCUUCCUCUUUUGUUUCCGAGCAAUAUCGCAAAAUGUGCGGGAGAAAAACAACCAAUACAAGGUCAAUUGGAAAAAAUUUUACGAGCUGGGAGUACUGUAUAUUAUAAGUGAGUAAGUAAUGUAGGUAUUUUAUCCAAAAACUGCGUUAAUUAUACGAUAAUAAUGAGAGACCACCACCAUCGUAUAGUAACCAGCAACAUGCACAGCACGCGGACAAUUGCGAUCAGUUUAACUAUGGCUGUGGUUGUUGACGUUGAUGUUGGUCGAGGUUCUUUUUGAAUGUUGCUUUCUCGAUAAUUUGUCGUAGUUUUGUGCGUUGUGGUUGUUUACACCGUAGAUGCGGAUCAAUACAAGAUAGGUGUCUGUGUCCAGAUCUGAUCUAUCGAUCUCGUGGUUCGGUGUCGCGGCUUCGGCAUGCGCAUAUUUCACCUAAAACCUAUAAAACGGUUGAUUUUAUUAAUGCACUCGUCGAGAAAGUGAAAUGAUUAGAAUAGAUAAUCGUUGUUAUUUCGUCGGUAUACUCGUAUUCGUGUUCUAUAUUUCCGUUGCUGUUCACGAGAUCAUUAUAACUUCAGCCAGACCUAGCGAUUUUGGUGGUCAAUUAGAGUUCCUCAAUCGGAGCAUUGUUGCUGCCGAACUAAACGCCAAACAAUACUGCAGAGCUCCCAGAGUAGCCAUAUUAAUCUCGUCGGAUGUCGAACAAUUCAUACAACUGUAUUGGGAUGUGGAAUACGUGAAUCCAGGAGACUGGGUCGGAUUAUUCAAACAGGAUCCUCAAGGAGGUAGCGAAAUCUUCCCCAUAUAUACGGUCAAAGUUCAAAAUGCAACCGGUUUCAGCCCAACGAAUAUCACCCUGAGUAGAAGAUCUAUGGUGCAAUUUGCCUCGCAAUGUUUGGGAUUUUGGAUCGCUUACUUUACUGAUGAUGGAACAGCCGCUGCUGUGUCCUGUUUGAAAACUAAUCCGACCUGGAUGGAAGAUAUACGUCAGCAUUUGCAGAAUGUACCCAUUAAGCAAUUAUUCGUACCUGGAACUCACGAUUCUGGAGCUUACAUUACACUUGAAAUGUUGUCAACGAUGAAUGUGGUCGAUCGUUAUGUUUAUACGCAGGACGAAGAUAUAAUUCAUCAACUACUCUAUGGCAUUCGUUACCUUGAUCUCAGGAUAUCUUCAAAUACUCACUUGGAGGAACGUUGGUGGUUAAACCACGGAGUCGUUAGGAUACAACCACUUCGCGUUAUAUUUGACGAUAUAAAAUUAUUCCUUCGAAAUACUAAAGAAAUCGUUAUCGUGGACUUUCACGGAUUCCCCGUUGGUUUCAAAGAAAACCCGCAAGUUCAUCGAGACUUCGUCGACUACGUCAAAUCCGAACUCUCCGAAUGGAUGGCUCCUCCAAAUUGGGCUGCAACUUGUGGACAACUAUGGGAUAUGAAUAAAACCCUGGUGGUAUCCUACAAUCACGACGAAACCGUUAAAGAAUACCCUACUGUAUUAUGGAGUCCGGUUGUUCAAAAAUGGGGCAACGUUCAAGAUCUCAAUCAAUUAAAAGAUUUUUUGACCAAAGUUAUCGAAAGCCGUCCGAACUAUAGUUGGGCUGCAAUGGCUCAAUUUACUCCUACACUAUGGACUAUUCUUACCUACCAAACGAUAGGUCUGAGGGAAAUGGCCUCCAAUGUCAACAUCAAUGUUACCAAUUGGUUUAGAGGUGUUUGGGGCAAAUCGUGUAAUAUUGUUGCAGUGGAUUUCUUCAGAGGUACUGAUAUCGUCGAAGCUGCCAUCGAAUGGAAUGUUAGAAAAAGUACAAAGCAUAUCUGUGAUAUUCGUUAAGACUUUAUUUUUUCUAAUUACCUAUACUCGUGUCGUCGUAUACUUUCAAUUUUCUUACUCUUGUUGUUAUUGUUCUUGUUUUUGUUGUUACCAAUAUCCAAUAUAAUACAUUUUUUGGUCCAAUUUCAA